AGCACGUAAACUCCCAUCACCAGCAGCACCAUCCAAUACUCAUCCUCAUCGACGCAUUCACCGACCACCACCACCACCACCACCACCACCAAAAUGAAGUUCACCACCGCCGCCCUCGCCCUCGUGCUGGCGCCCCUCGCCCUCGCCCAGGAACCCACCGUCGCGCCCCUCGUCGCCCGCGACGGCACCCUCGAGAAACGCGCCGUCAGCGCGACCGUCGUCGUCGACGGCCUGCGCUACCGCACCUGCCCCAAGACCAGCUGCUCCGCCCCGGGCCAAUUCGCAAAGGGCACGCGCAUCAGCCUGUCGUGCUACACGCGGACCAACACCGAGACGAUUGAGGGCGACAAGGGUUGGGCGAAGAUUGCCAGCGGUAGGGGCGCUGGCGAUUGGGUUGCGCUGGCCAAUGGGAAAUAUGUUUCUUGGUCGAGCCCUCUCCCUCACUGCUGAGGAGUUUAUUGUUGACCAGUGGAGGAGUGGUAAAGGCGGUGCAUUCAGUCAUUCAUGAAUGGAUGGAUGGAUGGACUUUGC